UUUGUGGGGAAGCCAAAGUAGGUGGUGAUCGCUGUCUCUCUAUAAAUGGAAACUCUGAGUCCCACCCUCUCUACUUGAAUACGGCCAAACUACUUCGACUGCCACACCAGGAAACGACAGGCAGGGGAAAAAAAAGUCAACGAAAACACAAUGAGCUACCCUGGAUACCCCCCUCAGGCAGGCGGAUACCCACCGCAGCCAGGAGCUUAUCCCCCUCAGCCCGGUCUUUACCCACCUCAGCCAGGAGCCUAUCCUCCCCAGGCAGGGGGCUACCCACCUCAACCCGGUGCCUACCCUCCUCAGGCCGGGGGUUACCCUCCACAGGCCGGGGGUUACCCUCCACAGGCCGGGGGUUACCCUCCACAGGCCGGGGGUUACCCUCCACAGGCCGGGGGUUAUCCACCACAAUCAGGAGGUUAUCCACCUCAGGCUGGAGGCUACCCACAAGGGCCACCUACAGGUAGAUGGGGCGGUGGACCUACUGGUGGUUAUCCCAACGUUGGAUUCAAUGCUGGAAUGGCCCCUCAAGCCCCUGGGGGGUACCCACCCACCCCUCUGUCAGGAGGGUACGGUGCCUCCUUCCCUAACCAACAGUCACAUGGCCUUUACCCACAGCCAGGAGGCGCUAUGCCUGCAGGUCCUGGGAUGGGCUUCCCGGGUCAGCCUGGAUACCCUCAGGCCCCAUCACCUAAUACUCCCAUGGCUGGUUUUGGUGGAGCACCGGCCCCAGUGCCAGGAUACCCAAAAGCCCCCUCACCAAAUCCCUCGAUGCCCGGAUAUGGAGCAGGAGCCAUGCCAAUAGCGCCACCUGUCAAUAAAGGAUUCAGAGGAACAAUCAAGGAUUUCCCUGGAGCUGAUCCACUCAAGGACGUGGAGGUCCUGAGAAAGGCCAUGAAGGGCUUUGGAACUGAUGAGCAGGCCAUCAUCAACCUACUGGGGAGUCGCUCCAGCAAACAGCGUGUUCCUCUGCUCAAAGCUUACAAAACCUCCUACGGCAAGGACCUGAUUAAGGAUCUGCACUCUGAACUGUCUGGAGACUUUAGGAAGCUGGUCAUGGCCAUGAUAAAGAGUCCAACUGAGUUUGAUGCCUAUGAGCUCAAUAGCGCCAUCAAGGGAGCAGGAACCGACGAGGCCUGUCUGAUCGAGAUCCUGUCUUCCCGCUCCAACGCUGAAAUCAAGGAGAUAAACCGAAUUUACAAACAAGAAUAUAAGAGGUCUCUGGAGGACGCCAUUAGUGGAGACACUUCAGGUCAUUUCCGUAGACUCCUGAUCUCUCUGGCCCAGGGUAAUCGUGAUGAAAGACCACAUGUUGACAUCUCUGUGGCUAAACAGGACGCACAGGCUCUUUACGCUGCAGGAGAAAUGAAGCUGGGAACAGAUGAGUCCAAGUUCAAUGCCAUUUUGUGUGCCAGGAGUAUUCCUCAUCUCAGAACAGUUUUCCUGGAGUACCAGCAGAUGAGCGGCAGAGACAUAGAGAAGAGCAUCUGUAGAGAAAUGUCUGGAGACCUGGAGAGUGGCAUGUUGGCAGUGGUCAAGUGUAUUAAGAACACCCCAGCCUACUUCGCUGAGAGACUCUACAAAGCCAUGAAGGGAGCUGGUACCAAGGACACAACCCUGAUCCGGAUCAUGGUCUCCCGUUCUGAGGUGGACAUGUUGGACAUCCGUCGGGAGUAUGUCAAAAACUACGGAAAGUCCCUGUACACGCACAUCUCUGGCGACACGUCAGGCGACUACAAGAAACUGCUGCUGAAGCUGUGUGGAGGCAGCGACUGAGAAACGUCCGUCAGAGCUACACGUUAGCUUUGUGCAAAAAAAAAAAAAAAAA